CAUCGACACGCUGGUCUAACGUUGUUAAUACUAAUUUUCGACGCCGUUUCAUUGGGAUGCUGUUUUUUUCCUGCUGAAACUGAUCGAACGAGUGUAGAAAUUGUGACGAUGUUUUGUGGUGGUAGUUUUCGGUCGAAAUUGGUCGAAAAAAAUGACGAGUACAGAGUAGUGAGGAUAAACAAUACCGACGUAAAGAUUUUGAGAUCCGCUAGUCUUGGUAAAGGCGAUAGAUCAGGAGGUAGGAAAGUGUACGUCGUGCCUCCAAAAGUGCCACAUUUAGCGGCGAGGAGAUUCCAGUUGGAAACUCAAAAGGGAUUGGAUCCUGCGGGACACUUGAAGCCCCUAAACUCCGACAUAGCCGCUCCACGGAUCGACAGCUAUCGUUUCUCCAUGGCCAACCUGGAGGACUCGCAGGACGUAGAUCUAGACGCUAUCCUAGGCGAACUCUGCGCUUUGGAGACGGUGUGCGAUCGAGAGAUUGGCCACGCCAGGGAAAGCAAACGAUAUUCGGAUGUUCAAAAAAUGGCGUCACAGUACGAAUCACGAAUGCAUAGUCGGUCGUCUUCAGAAGCGUCGCGUUUAAAGCUCGACUCUGAUGAUGGCAUGCUCCUCAAGGGCGAUGCCGCUCGAACGGAAUCGCCCGAUAAUGAUUCGGCAUUCAGCGACACCGUGUCGAUGUUGUCCAGCGAGUCGUCGGCAAGUAGCGGAGCUAGCGGUGCCAAACCUCAAUCGCUCAACCUACAGGGCAUCCACCAGGAUGACGCAUCCCGUGUUAAAGCCGAGAAGAUCCGAAUGGCGAUGGAGAAAAUCAAAGAAGCGAACAUUCAAAAGUUGUUCCUCAAAGUGUUCACUACCGACGGUUCCGCGAAAUCGCUUUUGGUCGAUGAGAAAAUGCUCUGUUCGUACGUCACCCGCUUGCUGGCCGACAAGAACCACGUAAAAAUGGACCCAAAAUGGGCGAUUGUUGAACAUUUGCCCGAACUCUAUAUGGAGCGUUUUUACGAAGACCACGAGCAGCUCGUGGACAAUCUGCUGCUCUGGACGAGGGAAUCGAAAAAUAAAAUAUUUUUCGUAGAACGGCAGGACAAAAUCAAACUCUUCCUGCGGCCGGAACAUUACUUACUGUCCACGGUCGAUAAAAGGGAGAUCGCGGAACACGACGAGCACUCAAGGAACGUUUUGCUGGAGGAGUUCUUUUCCACGACGAACGCUAGCGUGCCCGAAGUGGAAGGACCGCUUUACCUGAAGGCCGAUUCGAAAAAGGGUUGGAAAAAGCACCACUUUGUGUUGCGGGCUUCCGGUCUUUACUACUAUCCCAAGGAUAAAGUCAAAUCUGCUAAGGAUUUGGUCUGCCUCGCCACUUUCGAGAACAAUCACAUUUACUGCGGGAUAGGCUGGAAGAAGAAAUAUAAAGCGCCGACCGAUUUUUGUUUCGCGAUCAAGCAUCCGCGCCUACAAGAACCGAAAUCGACCAAGUUCAUUAAAUAUUUGUGCGCGGAGGAUCAGACGACGCUGGAAAAAUGGAUGGUCGGGAUGCGAAUCGCCAAAUUCGGCAAACAGCUCAUGUACAACUACAGAGCGCUCAUCGACGAACUGGCGCAGGAAGAAAUGGACAUACUCGCCAACGCCAGAAGCUGCUCGGUAAACUCGAUUGCCGCGCAAGGGCUGCAAUCGGGUAUCGCCACUCCAACGCAGGGAUAUUCGGGAAGCGAGGCGGGCUACGGCACUCAAAGUGAAAUUUAUUCCGCCGCCAGCGAGUCGAGUUCGGGAAGGCACAGCCGGGCGAGCAGCUCCAGUUCGAGUGGCUGCAUGUCAGACGGGGCACCUUCCAGCUGCGAGAACGCGUUCGAUUCGGAAUUUCCUAUGGGGACGAUAAAAAGAAAACCGUCAAUGAAACCCAGCCUGCCGCUUACGAAUAUCACAAGACAACUGAAAGAGGUGGGUGAGACCAGGGAUGAGGUCGACGGCACCGCUCUCCCUACCAGUCCGAUCUCAUACACCAACACGGGAACACUAACCCGGAGGCACAGCCGCAGGAAAUCCAAUUCCGCCACAGACGACUCGUCAAAUUCCGGCACUCUAAAGCGGCAGCAUUCUUAUAAAUUGAGAGGCUCCAUCGAAUCAGUGGGAGUGAGGACUGGCAACUCUACGCCACUGUGCGGUACGCCAGUUAGGGAGAGGACAUCGCCUUUUGGUGAAAGGAAUAGCCCUUUCAGUGAAAGACCUCCAAGUGCUACUUCUCUCAGAAGUCCAACAAAUGUUCCUAGCAAUAUGGAGCUGCCCUCUUGUAUGGUGGAUUCAAUUACUUCGCUUCCUCCUCCUCCGCCAGAAAAUGGUGGCGAUCUCAUAUUAAACGAAUCUCCUAGCGAUCAACAACUCCCUCCCCCACCGCCAGAAGUUUACAACUCGACGCUUUCCCUGGACAGUUUGCCGCCUCCGCCAAAUCCCGCUGACCUGCCUCCGAUGAGCGGCUCGGAUUUGACGGGCAGUCAAUUGUCGUUAAUGUCACUUCCGCCUCCGCCGGAAGACAACACGCGGAUUAAAAACAGUACGCCGCUGGAUGAAACGCCCACCCACUCUAGAUUGAAUACUCCAUGUGUCAGUCCGCCAAUGUCCAAUUGCAGCACGCCCACGCAAAGCAAUCCCCCGUCGAGCUUCAGCCCUACCCAUACCGCGGUGUAUGGUCAAAAUCACGAUAGAAACACCCCUCCACCGCCUUAUGUAAAUCCUCCGCCGUUUAGACCCAAUGGUCUGAGAUCGUCUCUGAGGCAAAGUUCCGCGUUGCCCAGGCAAAUAUCCUCCACCAGUAUUGCUUCCAGCAAUAGUUCCAGUUCCUCGGGAAACACCUCCCUUUACAGUACCUCUAAUGAAAUUAGAAAUUCGCCCAAGCUUCAGAGGAAGGUCAAUUUCCAGGAGCCAGCUAGUCCUAAGAAAGGCAUAGGAAAAAAGAUAUCCUUCAAUUUAGCUCCCCAAGAGGUGCCUCCGCUACCGGUGAGAAAACCGUUGCCGCCCAAAAGAUCGGAAACGACGAAACUAUCGAGCCCCAAGAAACUGGUGGAACCGCCGACAGAAUUUUUGAAAGACUUACAACGGGUUAUGCGGAAAAAGUGGCAGGUGGCGCAGAAGUGCAAGCUCGAGCCCGAAACGACGCCCCACGAGGUACUCGGCUUCAGGGACCCCCAUCCGCUGUCGUUACCCGACUACAAGGAGCACAACGUGUCCAAUUGGGUCAAAGAACACUACGGGACCAACAAUUUCUAUGAAAACGUUUACAGGGAAAGCGCGGAAGCUGACACGGUGGUGGAAUAUGUCUCGAGUCCCGUUCGAGGUACGGGAGUAAAGAGACCGCCGCCUCCUCCCCCGCCCAAACGCAGCGAUACUACCCAUUUAACCACCUCGCAUAAAAAUUACUGAUGUCGUCUCUCCUAAUAUGACUUUUGAAAAAACCCUGAUGUACAGGGUGGUUCGUUUAUCUUAGUCUUCUGUCUUAUCUCGACAAUAUACGAAAGGACGAGAAAAUUAAUUUUCUCCUAGGUUAUGGAGUAAAAAAGUCUAAUGUUAAUUUGUUUUUCACAUAUGAUUCUUUUUAAUAAACAUUUUUUACAUUUCUAAAAUAGCUUUCAUUUUUUCCUGCCUUUAUUAAUGAUAAAUAACUUGAAUUAUUUUUUAUAUAUUCGACAUUUCCAAAAUGACUUCAUUGGUUUUCUGAGAUAAGAUAGCGUCUCAAGAUAGGUGUGUCACCCUUACUGACUCUCCUAUAUCUCAUAUCAAUGGAAAAAUAUAAUAUGCUUUGCAAUAUUUAGUACUCCCUGGUUGGUAGCCAAAUAUUAGUAUAGCCCUAAUGUCGCAAAACAUCAGUACUUGAGUAUCUACCCCACUUUCAGAUUUAUAAUCUUAAUAAUUGUUUGUUUUCUCUUUUUGCCUUAGUGGUUGGAUAAUAAAAAGAAGACACUGCCGAACUUUAUACUGCCAAGCUGAGCUUGUUUUAAGUAAAAAUCUAUAAUAAUAUAUACAUUAAUUCUGUCCAUUAACGAAAUCAAACAAAUUCAAAAGUGUUUGUAAAUACCAUGUGGGACCAGCCCAACGUCUAGAGAUUUUUAGUAUUGAGAUCGUUUGAAUUGAGGUUUAUUCAAAAGUUGUGGGAUGCAAACGAACUAAAACGCGAUUGUGAUUUUUAGAGAAAAGCUUAACAAAAAUUUUAUGUGCCAUUUACAUUCAGUUAUUCUUAAACGUUAUAGUGAAACGGGACUGACUUAUUUUAGGAAAUUUAAUGUGGAAACGUCUGUGUACAUAUUAGUUUCUUAGUAAAAUUUUUUUCAAAUGAAAAAUGUCAAACAUUGUUAUGGUGCUUUUUAUAGAUAAUAUAAUUAUGAUAAAGAUACCUGUCGCAGAUAAUUGUGCGACGAAUACUAGCGAAUGUUGUGCGUUUUUUGUAAAAUUUUAUACUUAACAAAUUGAUUUACUAUUAAGUAUUGUAAAGUUAGUGUUAAGUACAGGGUCAGAAUGCACUUAAUUUGAGUUUUAUGAACCUGAGUAAUAUUUUUGUAAAUACAAACGGCCAUACCUACAGACCUGAAGGAAUAUACAAUUUUUAUUUAUAAAAUUUUAAAUUUAGUGAUUGAUUUCUGCAAUGCCGCUAAAUUUCAUGUAAGUAUUUUGUUCCGUUUAUCUUAAUGAUCGCUUGGGUUUAAGGUAUUUAGGAACAUUUGAAAUUUGGGUGCUGUAUAAUUUACCUACCGUGCAAUUUUUUAUAAGCGUUCUAAAUCUUUGCGAUCCAAAUUGUAGUAGCUAGGCGUUGUAGCGAUCAAGUAUUUUUAUGGGAUAUUUUAUUUCUUGGAAAAGAGGUUAUUUUUCAAGGAGUUUUUUUGUUUUAAACUAGGGUGCUUAUAAUAAACACUUUGUAUACUGUCUACGAUUUAUACAUUAUUGAUAUACUUAUUAGUGGUUACAAUAUGAAACCAUAUAAUA